CCUUCCCCUUCCCUUCCCCCAAUACCAGUGGACCCUUAAAUCUGAGUCCUCCUACCCCCGGCGUUCCCAGUGUACUCGGCUCAGGUUUCCCCGAAGCGGGCUCGAAAGCCGGCGCUGCACCGUUCCAGCCGCUCCGCCUAUAACCCCCGAGUUACCGGGCUCCAGACCCUUGCAGGCUGCUGUGUGCAGCGAGUGAGGAAGGUGAGGUGUCACGGUACACCUCUGGAGCAGGUGGAGAUUGAACCCCAGGUCGCCUGGCUCAGAGGGAGGGACACUACCACUGGCGCCGCAAGUGCAUUGGGUGGAGGCUGGCUGUGCUGCUGAAAUGUGUGUGUGUUUUUCUGGCUUGUUAUGGUCUCUCUCUCUGUCUCCGAUCACAUGAGCGUUUGCAUGACGUGGAAAGAGGAGCUUUAAAAAACAGCUCCAUCCAGCUCUCCAUCUACGGCCUUGUUAUUGCACUGACUGCAGGAAGAGACAGAGAGAAAGGACAUUGUAUCCCUUUACUGACCUUUCCCAAUCCUCCGGCUACUCGAAGGUUUUCUACAAUAAUCCCGGUGUACUUCAUUUCAGGCACUUAACUGAUUUGCUAUUCUGUUGUGAAGCUGCUAAACUUGAAAGUGAGAAGAUGCCUUUCAGUAAUGAGAAACAUUCCUUGAAUGAUGAGUCAUUGAAUAGUGACACUGACUCUUGUGAGCGGUCUGAUAGUGUCAACUCUUCCAGUGAUUAUGAAUAUGCUCGACAAAGUUUCAGUAGUGAUUCUUCUAGCAAACCCAGCUCUCCAGCCUCAAGUCCUCCUAAAACGGGUUCUUUUGAUGUCCUAAUGGAGACUGCAAAAGGGUUGUCAAAUAUGUCUCUGGUUCAUGAAAUAGUUAUGAAUAGCAACUUUCAAAUGAAGCAAAUUGAUCUUCCUCCUCAAAGUUUACCAAGAAAAGUGAAAGAAAUAGUUCACAAGGCAUUCUGGGACCAUUUGGAAGCUCAGUUGAACCAGGAUCCACCUGAAUACCAUCACGCCCUUGUGCUUUUGGGAGAAAUUAAAGAGAUUCUACUGUCAUUUCUGCUACCUGGCCAAAACAGACUUCGAAACCAGAUCUCUGAGGUUCUAGAUUUGGAUCUAAUCAAACAGCAGGCUGAGCACAGUGCUAUUGAUAUCCAUAAACUGGCUGCAUAUAUUGUUACAUUAAUGGGAAAGUUCUGUGCUCCAGUUCGGGAUGAUGAUGUUAAAAAAUUGAAAUCAAUUACUGGGAUAGUUCCAUUGUUCAGAGAGAUAUUUAAUGUUCUUGAUUUGAUGGCAAUGGAUAUGGUCAACUUCACCAUUCAAAAUAUCCGACCACACAUCCAACAAUGUUCAGUUGAUUACGAGCGAAGCAAGUUCCAGGAUUAUCUCAAUAAACAGCCCUAUGCUCUUGAUUAUACAACUCAGUGGUUAAAGGAGUCUGUUACUGAAGUAUCGGCAUCUAUGACCACCUCAGACACCUCCCCUUCUGAUACUAAUGGGAGUUCCAGUCUUCCCCUCAGUCCAUCAUCUGUGCUAAACAAUGGUUAUUUGAAGUUGUUGCAAUGGGACUACGACAAUAAGCCCUUACCUGAGACUCUGAUGACUGAUCGAUCACGACUCCAAGAACUGCAGCAAAGACUGAACCUGCAAAGGCUUGUGGCCUAUAUAAUGUUGAUCAUCUACAACAUGGUGGGAGCAACCAUUUCAGGACUACCUGACUUUGCAGAAAAAUUAAAGCGAGUUAUUGUUGUUCUGCUUGAGGGCAUGCAUGACAAAAAUUUCAAUCUUGAAGAAACACUCAAGACUAUAAGUGUAAAGAUCUGUUCUGAAAUAAACCAAUCUUUGACAGAAAGGGGUUACUCUGUGCUUACAAAUGAAAAUCAAACAAAUCUUACUGGUCAGAUCUGCAGCAUUGCAGAAGAAAGCAACCCUGUCCGUACCUUGAUUAAUAAUCGGAUUGAACAGUACGUUAGAAAUUUGCUCAGUGUGCCAAAUCAGCGGAAGACUGUUUCAGUUGUUCCAGGAGGCCUUACACCUAUUCAAGUUGAACUCGAGGAGAUUGGAUCCCAAUUUGUCUGUAUUAUUAAUUACAAUAUACAGGUGUAUGGGCCAUUUUAUUCCGGCAUUUUGCGAAAGCUUCUGUUCAAUAAUCUAGCAUCGGCAGGUACUACAGCAUCACAGGCUCCUUGAGUGCAGAAGGUUAAUAAAAGGAGCACACAUGGUCUUGGUUUGUAGUGUUUGUUUUGUUUUUGUAUUGCAUCUUUGUACGUUGCCUGUAUAGAAUAGUUUGUUCAUCACUUAAAUCUAUUUGAAUAAUUGCGUGCAUAUAUAUAUAUAUAUAUAUAAAAUGUCAAAACCACCCAAUUAUACGAAGUUAUUUAAUAUCACUUGAAGCUAAAUUUAUAUUGCAUUUUUACUAAAUAAUUGCGGCCUUGCUCAGUUUUUUUUAAAUUGGCCGUCAGUUUUAAUUGUCCUAAUUUCAGAAAUAAAUUUAAGGGAAUUAUAAAAUAGUUUAGUAUUUUUCUAUGAAGUGAGAAUCAAAACAUUUGAAAAGAAAAACGUGAAUACUUUUAUAUAGGAUGCCAACGUAAGAGAGAGUUUGCAAAGACUGAAGGUAAGCCAUUGAGUUUAAUGUCUGCAGGAAAAAAGACAAUGAAUUCCAUUUCAGAAUAGGUGAGGAACUUGAUAUCUUCAGCAACACCUUGCUGUGCAAACUGCAUGUAUUCAUUGGCCCUCAACGUAAUAUUUUGCUGUUCACUUUUCUCUAUUUGGGUUUAAUGGUGCUUCAGGAGCAAUUCAUGGAUUUUACAAUCAGUAGAAACAUGAAGAUAGCUUCAACAUUGUUUUAAAAUGUAGAACUAAUUGUUUGUAUUUUUAUAUGCAUUUUAUCUGUAUGUUUAGUCUGGUUUUGCUGCAUCAAUUUUAUUUUGUGUGUAUAUAUAGUUUAUGUUCCACUUACUUGGAACAGAAUUGGUGAUUUACAGCAGGUAGAUUACUGCUCACCUUUGAUGUAGAUUAUGUAUUUUCGUCAUUAGAGGAGAUUUGAUCCAUGCAUGUCUUUUUUUGUUUGGCUUAACAUUUAGAACAGUGUUGGAACAGUGUUUCAAAGCUGUAUUUGUUAAUCUCAUUUCUGCUGCAGACUGUCACACUGGUGCUAAGUUUACUGUUAACUGACAUGACUAGUCUGUUUUUAAAAUCAAAGUUUUUCUUGUUUUACAGUAGUAUGUUUGUGGCCAAUAACUUGCAAAUUAUACAUACUGAAGUACUGUACUUUUUGUGAGGGACUAAGCAGUAGUAACAUUGGCUAUUGUUCAUCUGUGGCUCUCCUUGUGGAAUAUUCCCCACCAAAAUGUGUCUUAAUCAUCACCCCAUCCCAACACCACUUUCCAUAUGUUCACUAAACACCCGUAGUUCACUUAAUUGUGGUCUUUACAUUUUUUCAGAAAUGGGUAGAAGAUUCAUAUCUAAAAUCAUUCACAGUUUUAUUUUUCCUUUUUAGAAUUUGCAGCUCAAUUCAGCAUCUCCCUAUUUAGUAUAGGAUAGAUUUUCAUCCUUACUGUUUAGAACUUAAACCUCAGCUUGAUGGCAUGCAGAGAGAAAACCUGAAUGUGCAUAAAUGCAUGCUUAAACUGGAGAAAUUUAAUUCAAUUAGAACAGAUUAAGAUGGAAUCCAUCGUGGGCAUACCUUGUAACCACAUUUUUUCUUCUACCCUAAAUCUAUACCAUUAUUUCUUGGAUUGAACAGAAUUUAAGAAACAUGACGAGCUUAUAUUGUUGUGUGGAAUGAACAAUAGAAAUGGCCCAAAUUAUAUUUUAUCAAACCACAUAUUACUUCAGAAGUGGUCAAUACCCCAUACAGGGUUAUCAGUUACUGCACUGGCAUUCAUUUGAGGCUGAGGUAGGUGCAAACCCCUAGACAAAGAUAUUAAUUUAAACUGGUAGGAUGGGUACCUAGAAAUGUAAGUCUUCUUCAGUACCAAUGUGAAGGACAUUUGCAGAGGGAAAAAAGUUGCUAAUGGUCAGGUUGAAAGCAACUUUUAAAAAAUUUUCCAAAAUGGGAUGGAAAGUGACAGUGUUGUUAUACUAUUUGCUGUACUUAAAAGCUCACCUUAAUUCUUCAUUGUUGACGUGUAUAAAAAUAUAUUUGAAGUAUGAAGUUUUAUAUUUAAUAAAAUCUUAAAUGAA